AUGCAGUCCAUUUACAAUUCCCGUCGUACAAGUUCUGCUGGUUCAUCAGAUCUUGACAAUGUCAGAGACGCACAAGUCCAGCAAUUUCCAGCUACAGAGAUUACUAUACCUUCUUUUGAUAAAAUAGACGGUACGUUUUUCAGCUAUACACCAUCGAUUUCAUCUUAUCCGGCAGUAUGUGCAUCUGAUGAACCGUGUGGACUGUAUACUUCCGGAUAUUUGCAACAUUAUGAUUCCAACACUGCACCAAAAUGGCAAGAACGCUAUUGUCGACUAGAAGAGAAGCGACUUUUGUGCUACAAGAAGGAAAAGGACCGUACGCUGCUAUUUCAAGUCAAUUUUACUCGAAACUCUGUGCUUCUUUAUCAUAAAGAAGCAAGCGACGAUCAUGUAGUGAAUCAGCAGCAGCAGCAUGCUACGAAUCAAUUGGUGGAAACAACUAAGAGCUCCCUGUCACUUUAUCCGGCAGCAGUUCACAUGGAAUCAAUGACGUUUCUUCUUGACGGUGUAGAGAUUUGUGGCCAUUCAGUAAUUGGUCAAAAUAUUGAAAUACCAGUGAGAUUCAAGACAGAGAAGGAAGGUGACUAUGUGACAUGGAUCACGUGUUUCAAUGAUGUGAUUCAACGACGGGAACGUGAUGCUUUGGUUCAAGUGACAGUGGAAACGAGUCAGAGUGAUUCAGAUGUAGAGAACAUGGAACUGCCAAUUGCGUUACGAAAAACAAGUAAAAGUACGACGUUGGUGGAUUCUCCGAAGCGUCGGAUUUUAGAUAUGAACGGUCAGGAAGGUGCAAAGAUGCCACGACAGACUAGCAGCGCUUUAGCUGGAUUCGAGAGACCAAUGGAGUCACAGAGCUUGGUCAACGUUGAGACGUACGAAACAUUUCGAUCCAGGUACUUGCUGAUGAAGGAGAUUGGUGAAGGCUCGUUUUCUAUCGUUCAUCGUGCUGUGAAUCGCUUGACGGGUCACGUGUGUGCGGUAAAAUGUUGCAAAGUGUCACAGGCUUUGGAAGAAGAGGAACGACUACUACGCACUUUAUCGCACCCAAAUGUCGUUAGCCUUGAAGGUGUUUUUGAACGAAACAAGAAUCUUCACUAUGUCGUUAUGGAUUAUUUAAAAGACGGAGAUAUGUGCGACCAGCUUAUUAAACGCCAGCGCCUUCCUGAACCUGAAGUACGACGUAUCAUUCGGCAAGUCGUUGAGGGAUUAGCAUACUUGCACCGGCGCUGCGUUCUUCAUCGCGAUAUCAAGCCGGAAAACAUUUUAAUCCAUGGCAACAUGGUAAAGAUCGCGGAUUUUGGACUGGCAAAGGAACUUGAGCAGCCGACGACUCUGCUUCAGCGCAGCUGUGGCACAUUGGAAUACGCUGCCCCUGAACUACUCUGUGGUCAGCCAUACGGUCUCAAGUCUGACGUAUUCAGCUUAGGCAUCGUGCUGUACGUGCUGCUCUUCGGUUCGUUCCCGUUCAGCGUGGAAACGGCAGCUGCUUUAAAGUGUAUGGACCCCUUUCCGACAGAUGUUGACGUACGCGAUAUGAGUUGCCUUAGCAGCUCAAAUGUGCAGUGGAGAAUAAUAAGCCCUCUGGCACAAGAUGCGCUGCUGAAGAUGCUAAAGACAAACGACGCUGAACGCAUAUCCGCUGAAGACUUGCUGGGUCAUCCUUGGUUUAAUGACACGAUGGCUGGCAUGUCGAAAUCGAUCAGCUGUACCCCAGACGAGUUGGAGCAUUCACGUAUUGAAGACUGCGAAGCUAUGGGGUUUGCCGAGCUGCUGUCUCGUGGCUUUCGGGUUAUCAAAUAUGGCAACAAGGAGUCAACGAUGCCUUACGUCGCUUUGUUGAGUCUCAAUUUUAUGGAGGAACGUAUCAAUUGGACAGCUCAUGAAAAUCCACUGCCGACAGAGAUGGUGAAAGACACUAGUAAAAACACGAUAGUCUGCUGUACCGGAGGAAGUCGUGGCAUCUUUCUUCGUGAUAUCAAAGAAAUUCGAGAGGGUCACACGACCAAGGCGUUCCUGUCUCACAACAACAUCAAGUCCAUACCGCCACCCGAGCUCUGCCUAUCCAUUAUUUGCCCAUGGAGAACUCUUGACCUUGCGGUAGAAGCUCCAAGUCAACGGGAGUUUAUGGUUCGUGGUCUUCGACGCCUGACAGCCUCUCAUGCCUGA